AUGGGAGACAAGUUCCCCGGCUUGAAGUGCGGCGAUCCAAGCAUAGACAAGCUCGUCCUAUGUAAACGUGCGGGUUGCCUGUUGGAGCUGUUCGUACUGAACCAGCAAAGGGAUAGCAGGGCGCCUACCAAACGCCGAGCAAAGCGAGGGCCGAAGUGGACGUGCGCUCCUGAACCUGUCAAGCAGCUAAAGCGCCGGUGCGUUGAUCGCUACUGCACUUCGCCCGCGACGUUGGAGGCUUUGCUGGGUGUUGUUAGCAUCAGCGGGUGUGUGCUAGACAUGUGCGGGGGGACGGAUGAUGCUGUAGCGAUUCGCCUUCGAGACACGUGCCAAGUACUCACGAACGAUGUGGGACCGAGGUUGUCUCCGGCCACGAACCUGGACGCGAGCUCGGCGUCAUUUACGGACGAUUUCCUGGCAGCACACCACGGGCAACAACCUGACUGGAUCGUGACGAGCCCCCCGUACAAGGGUGCGCUGGCCUUUGUCAAGGCGGCGUUGACGGUGGCGAAGAAAGGCGUGGCGCUGAAAUUGCCGCUGUCGUUUCUGGAACCCUGUGCCGACCGAGCAGGUUGGCUUCAGGCGAACCCCCCGGCUCUAUGCAUGAUGAUGAGCAGGGCCCGGUACCAACCCGCCCACGUAAGGGUGGGCGAAUUUUGGGGUGUGUGGUACCCUCCUGGUAGUUGA